ACGUUUUGUUUAUUUUCUUCUCAAUCUGGCAGUACCAGCUGUUAAACACAAGUUGAGUUGAUUUUGCUGCAUUUCUCUUAACUGUGGUCACUAUGGCCCGGUUUGAGCUUUUUCAGAGUCAAGCCACUCUGAUCAUGUCAGUCCUGACGGACACUGCUAAUCACGAGAUCCGAAAGGCUUUUACAUGCAGCUCCGAUGAAUCCAGUCUCACUAUCAAACCGAACAAUACUCAGAUUCAGAUGCUUAAUUCCAUAAUGGAGAGGUUUGCCAAAGAAGCAGUGCAGAAGAUUUGCAGUCUCUUCAGAUACUGUUCAUCCAGUGCACCAGUUCCAGCACAACUAUGUUUGAAUGGUCGAGACGACCCGAGGAAGACUUCAUCUCAGUUGGGACGUGAUCUCAGUGGAGCAACAUAUAUCCAUAACCAAGAGUUUCAGGUAGAUUCUGUAUCUCUCUCUGUGAGUCCUCUGAAGGAGCCAGCAACAACAUCUCACCAGCAACCUUCAAGCACUGAGCCUGCACAGGAAAGUAAUGUAAGCAAAUGUCUUAUGAUGGAGGACAGAGGAGAGGAAACCAUCCAGACAAUAUUCAUCAGUGACGCUGAUGACAGGGGUUGGUCUGAAGAUCAGGAAGGUGUGUUGCAGACAUCAACCAAUCAACCUAAAGUUCCACAAGCGAAAGAGUCUUUUGAAUGUGAGCAGUGCGGAAAGGCCUUUCCAAAGAUGUUUUCUCUCGUGCAGCACAAACGUGUGCAUUCAAUCGUGAGGCCUCACAGUUGUGAAAAGUGCGGGAAGAAAUUCACACUGCUGAGAGCGCUAGAGACUCACCUUCGCAAACACUCGCAGAAGUUCGAGAAGAAGAAAUUUCCCUGCGCUACUUGCGGAAAGAGCUUCAGAGAUCUUGCAGCGCACGAACUGGUUCACGCCGACGUCAAACCGUUUACCUGUGAAAUAUGCGGACAGGGAUUCACAAUCAAAAGAAGCUUAUACAUGCACCAGAGGGUGCACACGGGCGAAAAACCGUACCGAUGCGACACCUGUGGAAAGUGUUUCUCCCUGAUUGGCACAUUGAACUACCACAAGAGAAUUCAUUCAAACGACAGGCCGAUAAAAUGCAGCCACUGCAAUAAGAGCUUCAAAUACCAUAAACUUUUAAAACACCACCUCCGCGUGCACACGGGCGAGAGGCCACACACGUGCGACAUCUGUGGGAAAAGUUUUGCACUUUCCGGGACUCUAAAACGCCACAUCCUCGUUCACACCGGCGACAAGCCGUACGUCUGCGAGGUGUGCGGCAGAAGAUUCAACCAGAGAAGCACUCUGAAAGGCCACAUGCGAGUUCACGGAGAAAAGCGAUUUAUGUGUGAAAUGUGCGGGAAAACAUUCCAGUAUAAUUACGUCCUGAGGAACCACAUUCUAACACAUAAUCAGAUUGGAAAUCCGGGAGAUAAGAGUAACGCUCAGCGCUGCGACGUGUGUGGGAAGUUCCUGAGCUCUGCCUACGCGUUAAAAGCUCACUUGCAAUUGCAUUCGGACAACAGCAAACCUCAUACGUGCACGUUAUGCGACAGAAGGUACAGCAGCGUGCAUUCCCUCCGGAUGCAUGAGCAGCUUCACACGGGAGAGAAACCUUUCAAGUGCGAGAUCUGUGGUAAGGACUUUUCUCUGAGGGCUUCGUAUAAAACCCAUAUGUUUCUGCAUUCAGGAGAAAGACCUCACAAAUGCGUAUUGUGUGGAAAAAGAUUCAAGCUGUCGAGCUCUCUGAAGAUGCAUAUACGCACUCAUACCGGUGAAAGACCUCAUAAGUGUGAAACGUGUGGGAAGGCGUUUCAUUUAUCGGCCAAUUUGAAAAGACACAGGCUCGUGCACACCGGGGAAAAGCCGUUUACCUGUGACAUUUGUUUGAAGAGUUUCACACAGCCCAACAAUUUGAAGGCACACAUGCACAUUCACACUGGUAAAAAGCCGUACACAUGCACUAAGUGUUGGAAAAGUUUUGCCUAUCAGAGAAAUUGCAAAGAUCACAAAUGUGCUCCACUUUGAGAGAUUUCAGACUGCUGAACUAAUGUCUACCAACAGGUGCUUGAAUUUCAUGUAGGAUUGUAAAUAAUUUUGUGAAAGUUACAUGAAAUGCUUGACUGUAUUUAUUUAUUUAU